AUGUGGAAUAUGAUGUGCGACGUGAUGCCUACGAUAUCUGAAGACAGUAUCAGUCAACGGAGUUCUCAAUUUUCUGGCGAGGAUGCGAACUUCGAGCAACUCAUGGUGUCUAUGUUAGACGAAAGAGAUAAGCUGGUGGAGAGUUUGCGUGAGACACAAGAGCGGUUAGGUGAUACAGAAGUACGGCUGAAAGAAGUUGAGAAGGAAAGAGAUUCAUUGCACCGGCAGAUUUCAGCUAAUUUACCUCAGGUCAGUGACUGUAAACUAUUUUAA